AUGGCUUCUUUGGACCUGCCCUACCGCUGUCCUCGUUGCGGGGAGCACAAACGCUUCCGGUCGCUGUCCUCCCUCCGCGCCCACCUGGAGUACAGCCAUACCUACGAGACGCUCUACGUGCUCUCCAAGUCCAACAGCGUGUGUGACGCCGCUACACUACUCCCCCUGGUGGCCGACGGAGACCUCCUCGCUCCUUCUGUCCCCGGCGGCAACCGCAGCAACAACAACGACCCCUUCGACGGACUUCAACUCCGCUCUUCCGCCUUCAGGGACUUCAAGGAGCGUCGCUUCCCGUGCCGCGAGCUUCCCUGUCCGGACGACCUCAGCGGUUUGUCCACAACGUCCAACGCCGUGGCUCGCUACAUCCCCAAUGUAGAGUUCCCCCUGGGGGAGAUCUUUGUGAAGAAAGCCAUGAGUGCAGCCGGUGACCAUCACGGUUCCCACAGCAACCAAAGCACGGCCGUGGCGGUGGCGGCGAAUGUGGCGGCGAGCGCGGUGGAGGCGGCCUAUGAGGAGGGUCUGGCCAGGCUGAAGGCAAGGGCCUUUGAGCGUCUGGAGCUGGACGAGAGGCUGGAGAAACUCUCAGAUGAGGUGGAGCAGAAGAUAGCUGCACGCGUGGGCCGGCUGCAGACGGAGCUGGAGAGGAAGAGCGGCGAGCUGGAGCGGGCCAAGCAUGAGAGCGAGCGGCUGGGCCAGGAGAAACAGGACCUGGAGGACAAGGCGUCGGAGCUCUCCCGCCAGGUGGACGUUUCGGUGGAGAUGCUGGCCAACCUCAAGCAGGACCUGGUCAGCAAGGAGGAGGAGCUCACCCACAAACAACAGGAGGUAACCCAGAUAGACCAGUUCCUCCAGGAGACGGCGGUGCGGGAGGCCAACGCCAAGGUGCGCCUGCAGCAGUUCAUCGAGGAGCUCCUGGACCGUGCCGACCGUGCCGAGAAACAGCUGCAGAUCAUCAGCAGCUGCGGGACCACGCCCAACGGCAGCAUGGGACGCUGCAGCCUGCCCGGCUCCAACAAGGCCUCCAACAAUGGACGCCAGAGGAACUCCAGCAUCUCGGGGACGUCUAGGGGCAUGUACCAAGUGUCUGACCGACGAUCCUCUCCCAGCACCGGAGUGUCGGGCCGGGUCAAGUCCUGCUCCCAGGGCUCGGGCGGGGGCUACGACAGCGGCGACAGCGUGGAGAUGCACGCCAUGGAAGAGUGCCCCGAGGACCAGUACUACCACGUCCAGUGUCGGCUGGGGGAAGGGGGCAGACAGGGAGGGGGCGGACAGUGCUACGAGAGGGCCGGGGUGUCCCGGAGCUGGGGGCUCCGCAAGCAGGCCAUCCAGAACUGGCAGCGGCGACCCUACCGGAACAGCACGGAGGGGGAGGAGGGUGACGUGUCGGACGUGGGCUCCAGGACUACCGAGUCGGAGGCGGAGAUGUGGGAGCAGCAGGAGAGGAGGGCCACCAUGGCUGAGACGCAGCAGUCUGGAGCACCGAGACAAUCUGGGUACCGCCUAGCCACAGGCCGGUCCGAGGGGGGCUAUCGUCACAACAAGCCGUGUCGCCACGACAAGAGCCCGUCCCGGUCCAACAGCGAGGUGAUCAGCCCGGAGAUACUGAAAAUGAGGGCGGCUCUGUUCUGUAUCUUUACCUACCUGGAUACCAAGACCCUGUUGAGGGCCGCGGAGGUCUGCAGGGACUGGAGGUUUGUGGCCCGCCACCCUGCCGUGUGGACCCGGGUGCUGCUGGAGAACGCCCGCAUCUCCUCCAAGUUCCUGAGUACACUGUCCCAGUGGUGCACCCAGACCCAUUCCCUCAUCCUCCAGAACCUCAAACCACGACAGAGGGGCAAGAAGGAGAUCAAGGAGGAGUACCUCAAGAGCACACGGGGUUGUCUGGAGGAGGGUCUGGAGUCCUUGCUGAAGGCUACAGGAGGGAACCUGUUGAUCCUCAAGGUGUCUCAUUGUCCCAACCUGCUAACUGACCGCUCCCUGUGGCUCGCCAGCUGCUACUGCCGAGCCCUGCAGGCCGUCACUUACAGGAGUGCCACAGACCCUGUAGGACAGGAGGUGAUCUGGGCUCUCGGAGCAGGCUGUAGAGACAUAAUCUCUCUCCAGGUGGCACCACUACAUCCAUGCCAACAACCGGCUCGCUUCAGCAACCGAUGUCUGCAGACCAUUGGCCGAUGCUGGCCACACCUCAGAGCCCUGGGCGUGGGCGGGGCAGGGUGUGGCCUUCAGGGACUAGCCUCGUUGGCGAGGAACUGCAUGCGUCUGCAGGUGUUGGAGCUGGACCAUGUGAGUGAGGUCAACCAGGAAGUGGCAGCUGAGGUUUGCAGGGAGGGUCUGAAGGGCCUGGAGAUGCUGGUCCUCACCUCCACCCCGGUCACCCCUAAGGCCCUGCUACACUUCAACAGUGUGUGUCGUAACCUGAAGUCCAUCGUGGUGCAGAUCGGUGUCGAGGACUACUUUGAGGACCCCAACAGCCCUGAGGCUAGGAAGCUCUUUGACGAGAUGGUGAACAAGCUGCAGGGCUUGAAGAAGAGACCGGGCUUCUCCAAAAUUCUGCACGUGAAGGCGGACAUCCUCUGCUAA